GUCAGUGAGUAUCAAGAGGCUGCAUCCCAGUCUCCUGUCCUCAGGAUCUGGUAACACAGGGAUAACUGGUGCUCCUGCUUCGGCCAGAAGGAGCUUCCAGACCUGCAUUUGGCUUUUCCCAUUUCCCCCCACCCCUUCUCUCAGGUUGUCUGCUGUCCAGUUCUUCACAUGAUGGCCAGCUCUUGGGGUAUCCUUCGCCUCUCUCUGCUCCUUCACUUCGUCUGCUUGUCCCUGGCACAGUUUAGGGGACCUCCAGGAGAACCAGGCCCUCCAGGUCCACCAGGGCUACCAGGGAUCCCAGGAUCAGAUGGCAUUGAUGGCGACAGAGGACCACCAGGAGUAGGACCACUGGGUGCUAAAGGAGAACCAGGACCUCCUGGGCCAGAUGGACUUCCUGGUGAAUCAGGAAUUGAUGGUUUGACAGGUUCUAAAGGAGAUCCAGGACCAGCAGGACGUCCAGGCCCAAAAGGCCAGCCUGGGCUACCAGGGCCACCAGGAAAACCCGGUCCUGGUAUUGCUGGACUUCCUGGUAACCCAGGACCUGUUGGAUUACCAGGAGAAAUAGGAACUAAUGGCCCCAAGGGUAUUAGAGGACCUGUUGGACCAUCAGGACCCCCUGGACCACCCGGCAAACCUGGUCCGUCAGGAAGCAUUCAGGGCUUGGAAGGCAGCGCUGAUUUCCUGUGCCCAACUAACUGUCCAGCUGGACCAAAAGGGCCCCAAGGACUGCAAGGAGUUAAAGGACACAAGGGACGUCCAGGGCCCUUGGGAGAGUCAGGACUUCAAGGAAAGUCUGGUUCAAAGGGCGAUGUUGGUAUUUCGGGAGAACAAGGAAUUCCAGGACCUCCGGGACCUCAGGGAAUACGCGGCUUCCCUGGGCUUGCAGGACCUAAGGGCGAGACGGGUCCUAAUGGAUACAAGGGGAUGAUUGGAUCUGUUGGAGCAGCAGGGAAGCCGGGCGAGGAGGGACCAAAGGGGCCCCCAGGAGAGCCAGGAGAGAAAGGAGACCGGGGAGCUCGUGGUAUUGUUGGACAGAUUGGAGCCAUGGGUCCUAAAGGCAACAAUGGCCUUCCUGGUAUUGAUGGCAAGGAUGGUACUCCUGGUAUUCCUGGAGUGAAGGGUAGCCCUGGAAGAAAUGGAAUUCCAGGAGCUCCUGGUCACCAAGGGUUAGCUGGAUUGCCUGGUCAGCCAGGUUCCAAAGGAGGAGCUGGACAGAAGGGUGAGCCUGGCUCUCGUGGUGAGCCUGGAUUUGCUGGAGCACCCGGAAAGCAGGGUGAGAGGGGCCCACCUGGAGAAGUUGGUCCAAGAGGUAUUGGGGGUCUAAAGGGGGACAGAGGAGAAAGAGGAGCAGUUGGACCAAUUGGGCUGCAAGGGAAAGUAGGUUCAAAGGGCGAGCAGGGACCUCCAGGAAUUCCAGGGCCCCAAGGGAUACCGGGAUUGAAAGGAGACAAGGGAUUCCCAGGAAAGGUUGGAUCUAAGGGUGAGCUGGGGGAUCCUGGAGUUGAAGGAUUGGCUGGAGAGUCAGGAGAAAAGGGUGAAUCAGGUGAACCAGGUCCUAAAGGACAACAAGGUGUUCAUGGAGAGAUGGGGUACAGUGGACCAACAGGUGACCCAGGGCAACCGGGUAUCCAAGGGCUUGCAGGACCACCGGGACCAAGAGGACUCAAUGGAGAGAGGGGUGUCCCUGGGAUGCCUGGACGGCAAGGAGUGCCUGGGCGUGAUGCUGGAGAUCAGCACAUAGUGGAAGUGGUUCUAAAAAUGCUGCAAGAACAACUUGCUUCGGUGGCAGUUAGUGCUCAGCGAGCUGCACUGGGGGGAGCUGGUGUCAUGGGACCUCCUGGACCUCCUGGACCCCCAGGACCCCCUGGUGAACAGGGGCCACAUGGACACCAUGGACCACGUGGUGUACCAGGUAUCAUUGGAGUGAUGGGCCAGAUUGGAAAUACAGGACCUAAAGGAAAGAGAGGAGAGAAAGGAGACAGAGGAGACACUGGACGUGGUCAUCAGGGUCUUCCGGGUCCCCCUGGAAUUCCAGGUCUUCCUGGAAUUCCUGGCCAUGCUCUAGAUGGUAAACAUGGAGAGAGAGGUCCUGAAGGGGCAGCAGGAGAGCCUGGAAGACCAGGAUCUCCUGGACCAUCAGGUCUUCCUGGGUUCUGUGAGGCUGCUGCUUGUCUAGCAGCAUCUGCCUAUGCUCCUGCAUCUUUGACUGAGCCUGGAACCAUCAAAGGUUAAAGAUCAAAAUGUCACCACCAAUUAGUCCUGGAGAUAAACUGAAAGAUGCAAAUUAAAACAAGAAGUUAUCAUUUCCCUACCGCAAGGACCCACACCCCAACCAUCAUCCAUCUUUAAGAGGUCCUUCCGGCAGAGAUGUGUUUAAAUAAAUUAAACUGGAUACUUUGUCAGAAUUGCAGAAGGAACCUAGGAGAGGAUCCUAGACUGUGAACCAACUUGAUCAGCCUUGCUAUGUGCCGACAGCCUCUCUUCCUUUCAAGUCUUGGGUUUCAACAUCAGCCACAUAUCUUCUUCCUCCUCUCUGCAAGGGAUUCCAUACUUUAGUGAUAUUAAUAUAAUUUAACCCUUUGGUAAGCUGCAGAGAACAUUGUUUAUACAUGUGAUGUAUUGCCAAUACAAAAGUCACAGAGUGAAGGCCCAAGACUGCAUGUCUUGGCUAGAAGUCCCCAACAGCUACCUAUGGAAACCAAUUGUGUCUACAGUGGAUAGCCCAUGGCAAGAUAUGAUGAUUGCAAUGUGGUACAGGAGAAAGCAAGACUUACAUCUGAUGUCCUCCAAUAUUGUGUACUGACAAUUGUAUUUUUUAUUUUUGUUAAGUGAUGGAAAAAUAGCAUUAUAAUUUAUAAUGCUUACACUUGUAACAUAAUACAUUUUUAUGGGGUUUGUUUUAUUAUGAAUGGAAUUCUAAACUGCAAAUUUAAAAAUGAUGAUGGCAGAAAAUGCAAAAAGUGUCCAGAAUGUAAGAAAUGAAAAGCCCUUAUUAACAAAACAAUAUAUGCCCCAAAGCUAAUGUCCUUUAUAGCCACUAUCAAGGAAACAGAGGAACAAAUAAAUCUCACCUACAUAUUAAAUAAAAACUGUCAUCACCUUUUUAAAAGGCUUUAUUUAAUACAGUCAAUUAUAAAAUCGCCCUGAUACAUUGAUAAUUUUAUUAUUAAAUGUUUAAUGUUAUUUUUGGUUUCUGCAGCUGUUGGAUGUCUACAAUAAAUUGAUCUGUGAUGGUUCUUCUCAUUCUUAACCAUUAAAGGCUUCUUUUUCAGGUU